UUUUGUUUGUGUGUAGAUCCGGUACUAUACUAAUAGCCCUUACAGCUUUAGGUAUGAAACCACAAAUGAAUACAGUGCACCUACUUUUCGGAGAAAUGACGUACCGCAGGCAUUACAAAACUACACUUUCCAAAACGGGGACAGCUUGAGCUUGUUGAAAAUGCAGCCUCACAAGUUAUUUGGAUUGCUUUACACUGGGAUUUAUUUGUGGAUAUCGUUCUGCUUUAGGGAAUCCCAGCAGGGUGAAUACCAAAGGAAACUCUACAGAGAGCUGCUGAAAAACUACAAUCGCCUGGAGCGUCCUGUGCUGAACGACUCCCAGCCACUGCUUGUAGAACUGGGGAUGACCUUGCUGCAAAUUAUUGAUGUGGAUGAAAAGAAUCAAGUGCUGAUGACAAAUGCUUGGUUGCAGUUGUAUUGGACUGACAUAUACCUUACCUGGAAUCAUUCUGAAUACCCAGGAGUUCAAAACUUACGCUUCCCCUCUGACCAGAUUUGGGUUCCAGAUAUUCUUCUGUAUAAUAGUGCAGAUGAACGGUUUGAUGCAACCUUCCACACAAAUGUCCUUGUAAAUUCAUCUGGAGUAUGUCAGUACAUCCCACCAGGCAUUCUGAAGAGUACCUGCUAUAUUGAUGUCCGCUGGUUUCCGUUUGAUGUACAAAAGUGUGAUCUGAAAUUUGGUUCCUGGACACACAAUGGUUGGCUUCUUGAUCUGCAGAUGCUGGAAGUGGACGUUUCAUCAUACAUUCCAAAUGGAGAAUGGGACUUAGUAGGGGUACCAGCGAAGAGGAACGAGCUGUAUUAUGACUGUUGCAAGGAGCCCUAUCCUGAUGUGACUUUCACAGUAACAAUGCGCAGGCGUACUCUUUACUAUGGCCUGAACCUUCUUAUCCCCUGCGUUCUCAUCUCAGGCCUGGCAUUGCUAGUGUUUUUGUUGCCAGCUGACUCUGGAGAGAAGAUAUCACUAGGGAUCACUGUGCUACUAUCUUUAACAGUGUUUAUGCUUCUGGUAGCUGAGAUCAUGCCAGCAACAUCUGACUCUGUUCCACUUAUAGCUCAGUACUUUGCAAGCACAAUGGUGAUUGUAGGCCUUUCUGUAGUCGUUACAGUGCUAGUGCUACAGUUCCAUCACCAUGACCCCCAUGGAGGAAAGAUGCCAAAGUGGAUAAGAGUUCUUCUUCUGAACUGGUGUGCUUGGUUUUUACGGAUGAAGAAGCCUGGAGAAGACAGAAAGCACCUCACAUACAAAUAUAAUCCCCAUGCGCACCAUUCCAGUGCCAGCAGUAUUGAGAUGAAUGUCAUACCUGGACAGCAAUCGACCAACGGGAACAUGAAUAUGUAUUUUGGCUACCAUGCUAUGGACAGUCCUUGCUGUCCCACCAGCAGUGAUUCCGGGGUAAUGUGUGGAAGAACAACCAGCUCACCCACAGAGGACCAUCAAACCAUUCCCACCAGGACUCUCUCAGAAAACAUCCCAGAAAUUGCCAAAAUCCUGGAGGAAGUGAAUUACAUUGCUAGUCGCUUCAGAGAUAAGGAUGAAGGAGAAGCAAUCUGCAGCGAAUGGAAGUUUGCAGCCGCUGUUGUUGAUAGAUUGUGUCUGGUAGCAUUUUCACUCUUCUCCAUUAUCUGCACUUUUACAAUAUUAAUGUCAGCCCCUAAUUUUAUAGAAGCUGUUUCCAAGGACUUUGCAUAAUACAUGAAAGCAAAAGAAAAGUUGUCAAUCACAAGAACUAAAGAAAGUGAAAUAAUUGUAAAUAUACACAUAUCAUCGUAAAAUAUUAAUCGUGCUAACAAUGAAAUACUGCAGCUUCUGAAAAUUAGGGGAGUUUGCUAAUUAUCUGUCAACAUUUGAAUCUCUCACUUCAAAAAUCAUGAAUACAAAUGCCGCAUUUGUUUCCUGUCUGUUUCUUCAGAACGUUAUAAUGCAUAAGACCUAUUUAUAUCUUUUGGUAUAUUCGCUUGAUCGAAAACUCAGUUUGUGCUUCAGAUUUGCUUUAGUCUUUGAAGUCUCCAUGUUUCCCCCUUCACAAGCUUUCAUUUGAUUGUUACAGCACUGCUGUUGGUGUUUUACAUUGCUGUGCAUGAGAUGCUGGCUCCUCGCUAUAUAGAGCCUUUUAUAACCUAAUUCAAGCAAAGAUGAUUUAUUGUAAUGUAAUCAUUUCUCCUUGAACCAGGAUACUAGAAUGAAUACAUCUAUAUUUUAGUCAACAUUAUAGCUGCUGAAAACACUGAUACAACUAACAUGCAUUGGGCUUGUUUUGGGGAGACAAGAAUUAUGUUGUGUGGAAAUUAUUACUGUCUCAUGUUGUAGCUGGGUGGUGGAAAGGAAACUUAGAUGACAUAGACAUGGACAAAAUUCAAUGAGACAGUUAAAAUAUAAAAUAUAGGGUACUGACCUUUUCUUUGAGAGGGAAGUUUCCUCUAAUACUAAAACUGUAAAAAUAAAACCCUAAAAAAAAAUCUUUAUUCUUUAUUUUAUGAACUUGAGGGUGUUCAACAUUGUAAGGAGAUUUUACCUUUGUGUAUCAAUAGCACAGUAACUCAGUUUCAGGCAAAUAGCACUGGUACAAUAUUUCAGGUGCAAGAUGAACUUUUUGUUGUUGAGAAUUCUCAAAUUCCAAGAUUAAAAUGGUUGUAGCUAACAAAUUAAUUCCAUAAAUCUUGUCGUGCACUUCCAUUUUCCAUACAGAUCAAAAUUGUAAAUUAAUGAAUGAUGCACAUGUUUUACCAAACAUGUAUUUUCAUUUUAAGACAAAUUAUGUGUAGUUAUAAGUAGUCCUGCACCAGUUUACUUACUACCAUGCUUUGCAGCCAGCAACAUGCUUUGACACUGCUGAGGUGAAAUCUACCUAGGAAGUUAAAUGGCAACACAGGAAAAUACAUUUUUUAAAUGGGGAAAAAAGAGUCUGUCUUAACAUGUGUUUAUUUCAAAACUUCACCUUCAGAUCUAUGUAGCAAAUGUCUGUAAGGUUAUUUACAAUCACUUAAAUGUGUUGUUAAAAAUAUAUACUGUAAAACUUCAACUAAACGCAAUGCAAACCAUUUGAAUUUUUGGAGUGAUAUUGGAUGUAUCUAUGUUUGCUUUGGUGUCUUUUAUAAAAUAGUCGUACAGAAAAUAAAGUAUAUGUCAGAACAUAACCAGAAUAUAUCUACCCUGUAUAUAAUAGACGGCAAAUACAUAUUUAAUUGAAUACAGGUUUCCCAUGCGUUUCUGUAUGAUCUGUAUGAAAUAUGAAUAUGUCUGUUGAUGUUUCUACUGCAACUUCAGUUCUUGUACUUGAGUUUCUGUGUUUGCUUAUAGUGUCUCACAAUGAUUUGCUGUUGAGAAGUGUACUACCUUGAUUUAUUGCUGUGCUAAACAUGUAUAUGCCCAUGUUUUCAAUAUUCCUAUUGCAUUGUGUCCAUUAUUGCAUUUUAUAUUUGACAGAUGUGACAAAACUCCUUAAUGAUAUAGUCUCAGGUUAGUUUACAUUGCAAAAUGUAUAGGUCCCUCAUUAGGUCCCUCAUUUUUAUUUCAAGUAUCUCUAUGUAAGAGUUGUUCAGUGUUUUAUUAAAGGAUAUAAGCAUA